AUGUCAGCCGUCUCGAUCUUCUGGAUGCCUGCACUCAGCAUGGAGAGCUAUGAGCAAGCCUGUGUGGCCGUUGCAGCUGCUUUGCACAUUAGUCAGGCGGAGACGGGCGAAGGUAACGCAAAAGAGCUGGUGAAAGAGCAUCUGAGUGCGGAUCAGGCAGGACCGUGGCUACUUGUGCUCGAUAAUGCAGAUGACCACGACAUCUUAUAUGGCACCGAGCAUGCUGCGGGCAUCAUCGACUACCUACCGGAGAGCGAGAAGGGCAUGACCGUGUUCACCGCAAGGGUGCAAGAGCUAGCCGUGUCGUUGACACGAAGUGACGUUCUAGAACUGGGGUCCAUGAGCAAACCAGAUGCCACGAACUUCUUGGAGAAGUCUUUGGUCAAUAAAAACCUCACUGAGGACCGCAAAGAGGUAGAAGAGCUAUUAGACGAGUUGGCGUGCCUCCCUUUGGCCAUCGCCCAGGCUGCCGCGUACCUGAACAUGAACAGAACAACUAUCACAAAGUAUCUGCGGCUGCUGCGACACAUAGAGCAAGACACCGUCAGUCUGAUGAGGAAAGAGUUCCUCGACCAAACACGCUACAAGGGCUCGGCGAACGCAGUGGCUUCGACAACCGGCUCUGAAGAUUGCAGAAAGGCAGCAGGGCUUCGAGACGACAGCACAGCGAAGGACAGGAUGCAAGCGGUCCUCAGCGGUUCACCUUCGUACGCCGAUAUAACCCCCCUCCCCGAAGAGCCAGCCCAGCAACCUACAGACCGUGUCUGCGAACACGACGCCGUCGACCAUGACCGACACACUCUACUGCACGAUCGACAGUCUGGGGUCGAGGCGGACAGGGACAAGGCGAAUCCAGGGAAGAUUAGACAAGCCAUCGAAACAGAGAUGCGCGCGGGCGAAUUGGCGAUGCGUGGCGGUGGUCAGGGCCCCCAGGAACACCGACUGGAUCAGGGUAACGUGCAGAGUCGAACACGAGGCAGUCCAAGAAGCAGCCCACAAGACGGCAGCCAGGGGGGCAAUGGCUGCUCUGUUUCGCCUGAGAUCGUAAACAUGCAUUACAAGAUGGGGUUCGAACCCAGGCUCCGCUGA